GAUACCCUGCAAGGAUCCUGGCCCUGAGCACAUGGAGUCUGGAAAUGUGGCAGAGAAUAAGAAUGUGCAGCUGCAGGGUAGGAACGAGAAGCUGUCCCAUCUCACAGACCUGCAGGAGAGCACAGGGAAGCUGCCUGCCUCCAAACCUGAUUUGUCAGCCAGAAUGGUCUUUGAUGAAGAGGAAAAACUGAAGAUUUCCAAAGACCUCGUUGACCUCCAGAUUGAGACAAACAAAAUGAAGGAGCAGCACGAGACAGAGAGCUUUGAACUGAAAACGAUGCUCCUGGCCCUGGAGCAGCGUGUGCUGGAGCUGGAGCUGCGUGGGGAGAAGGUGAGUGGGGAGCGCGACGCCUUACGGGAGCAGCUGCAGGCGCUGGAGAGCCGUCGGAAGGAGCUGGCAGACGAGUACAUCAUUCUGAAGAGCAAUUACCUGGCCCUGGGCAAAGAACUGGAGCAGGAGGUUAUGAAGAAUGAAGAGCUGAGCCGAGAGCUGCUCAGCCUGGCCAGUGCCAGGAGCACCCGGCCCCGGGCACACAGCCACUGCUGCCCUGCCACAGCCCACGGAGCCUCUGCCCAGCUGGAAGGGGUGAGAGCAGCACUGAACACUUCCUCUGUCUCCCAGCAAAACCAGGCAGAAGAUCCAGUUACCUCUGCACAGGAGCAGCAGAAGCUGAAGGGAAACUUGCUUGGAAACCAGGACCAGAUAAAAGCAGAGCUUGAACAACUCAAGAAAGCCCACGACUCGCAGCAGCAGAAGCUGGAAGAGAGAGUGCUGGUGCUGGGGAAGGAGCUGCAGGAGGCGAAGGGAGCCAUCGGGGCCACCCAGCAGAAGCUGGCGGAGCAGUCGGCGGUGCUGCUCAGCUCCCAGAGCCAGCUCCAGGAGGUGGAGGCAGAGAACUCCCAGCUGCAGCUGGGGCUGAAGGCGCUGAAUGAGGAGUACCGUGGCCGCCUGGCACAGCACAGCCGGGACGUGGCGGAUUACAUGGACAGCAAAUCCAGCCAAGCCCCUGGGGAUGCCAGGGCCAUGAGGGGCUUUGUGGACAGGAUGCUGGGGGAGAUCAGGGCUUCCUACAGGUCUCGUGAGGAGCAGCUGGCCAGGGCAGCACGUGGCUACAAGAAACGCAUGAAGAACGUGGUCAAGAAGCAUGAGAACCUGCUGAUUGCUUAUGGGCGCCAGCGGGAGCAGCUCCGGGCCCUGGGCAGCAGCGCUGGGGACUGUGGCCCUGCCGAGCUCCACUUUGCCAUCACAGACCCAGAGCUGCUGACAAACACAACCCAGGAGCUCAACCGGCUGCGAGAGGCCAAAGCAAAGCUGGAGAUGCAGCUCCAGGACCUGCAGAAGGUGGUGGCUGAGCCACUGGCUCUGUGGCCGCAGCUGGGUGAGGAAGGCUGGGCACAAGUCAGGCAGCAGCUCCGGGAGUUCACACGCACCACGCAGGCGGGUUUGGAGCAGGAGAGGAGCCAGCUGCUGACUCGGGCUGUGGCAGCCGAAGAGCAGGUGUCAGAGCUGCAGGAGUACGUGGAAAAGCACCUGGCAAGGUACAAGCAGGAGCUGCUCCGGCUGCAGGAGGCGCCCCGGGCCAGGACUGCCAGCCAGCAGCCACAACCUGGCCCAGAGUCCAAGGGCUAA